AUGCAGUCACUCGCAGACUUAGCCAGACCAACUCCUUCACAUCCGUCAGGGGGCAAAUCAUCUACCGUGAGCGGUACCAGUCCAUCGGCUACUCGACCUUCGCGGACUACCACCCCAAGACAGAUCAACCAUCAAUCCAGGCCUUCCAGUGGUUCACAAUCCCGAUCAAGUUCUUCAAAGGCUAAGAAAACAUUUAUAACAUGUCGUUCUUAUCCUGAAGUCAUGCCCAUGCCUAUGCCGAUACAAGAAGAUUCAGAUUUACAUCGUUCUCAACGUCGAUCGAAACAAGACGCCCUUUCAAAAUUAGAUCGAUCCGGUACUCCUGUACAACAAACCAAUGGUCCAACCGCCACUUCUUUCUUACCUCCCCCACCUCCACCAGCUGGACCAUCGGUCCUUCGAAACCCGUUGAAUCGACCUACGAUCCCUAACCCGCCUUUUGACAUGAAAACCGUCCGUACGGAAGCCCCUCGUCAUCCUCCGGCACGUACAGAACCUAGGUUGUUUGGUUUGGAAGAAUGUCCAACUUUCUAUCCUUCAGCACAGCAAUUUGUCGAUCCUAUGGAAUACAUUAACAGCAUAGGACCAGAGGCUUCACAAUAUGGAAUCUGUAAAAUCGUCCCUCCUGAAGGAUGGAGAAUGCCUUUUUGUCUCGAAACGGAAACUUUUCGAUUUAGAACUCGUUUACAAAGACUCAACUCUCUUUCAGCAGCGUCACGCGCGACGGUCAAUUUUUUAGACCAACUGGCCAUGUUUCACAGUUCAAGGGGAGAUCCCACUGUAACCAUCCCUAUCUUCGACAAACAACGUCUCGAUUUAUGGAGACUAAGAAAGGAAGUUAUCAAAAUGGGUGGGUACGAAAAAGUUUCUCGUUCCCAAAAAUGGGCUACCGUGGCAGAGGCUGUGGGACAUAAUCCAGCAUACGCUUCUCAGAUUCAGACGGCAUAUCAACACAUCAUAGUUCCGUUUGAGAAAUACCAAAUGCGCCCAAAAACAGCUUCGGUAUCGCCUCUCACUCCUUUGAGUAACGGUCAUGAGACCAUACCCUCGAAACCACCCAAUUUCAUCACGGAAACUCCCGCAUCACCAACCGCUGCGGGAAAAGCUGGUACAGGCAGAUCUGCCUCGACAGGUGGGAUACAGAUUAGCAACUUGUCGCCGACACCUUCAAACGUCAAUCCAACCAGAGCGACAUCCGCCUUGCCUGAUUUUGCACUUGCAUCCUCAAGCAAUGGUCCAGCGCCGUCAGGACCAUCAGGAUCGUCGGCACCAUCGGGUCGCAUCAAAGUACCAGGUUUUUCAAGUGCCGAUGGGAGUGAAAGCGAGUUGAGCGAUGAAGAUUUUCCACUCACGACACCCCCUCAACCUGCGCCGCCAGUCGAACCGACCGAAUACCAAAAAGGAGACGUCUGCGAGGUGUGUCGAAGUGGUGGAGCACCUGACAAAAUGUUACUUUGUGAUAAGUGCGAUUGCGGAUAUCACAUAUAUUGCCUGGAUCCACCAUUAAAAGGUUUACCAGCUUACGAAGAAUGGUAUUGUACCUCAUGUCUUCUCGGACCGGGAAAUGGAUUCGGUUUCGAACAAGGUGACGAACAUUCAAUACCUUCAUUACAAGCUCGAGACGCUGCAUUUUCACAUGCCUAUUGGCAAUCGCAUCAACCGGAGCAAGACGACCCACAUCCCAUGUCAAGAGUUUUUGGAAAGGUACACGUCAGCGAAGCGGAUGUUGAGCGAGAGUUUUGGAGAUUGACGGAGAGUAUGACAGAUACGGUAGAGGUGGAAUAUGGUGCGGACGUACAUUCGACUGUACAUGGUAGUGCUUGUCCCUCACUCGAAAGUCAUCCAUUGGAACCGUACUCUCGAGAUCCUUGGAAUUUAAAUAACAUCCCGAUCUUAAGGGAAUCAUUGCUACGUUAUAUCAAGUCUGAUAUAUCUGGAAUGACGGUUCCAUGGAUUUACUUGGGGAUGCUUUUCUCCACUUUUUGUUGGCAUAAUGAAGAUCAUUAUACUUAUAGUAUAAAUUACAUGUAUUGGGGAGAGACCAAAACUUGGUAUGGAAUACCUGGAUCUGACGCAGAUAAAUUCGAAACUGCUAUCAUGUCGGAAGCUCCAGAUUUAUUCGAACAGCAGCCUUCUUUACUAUAUCAAUUGGUCACCAUGAUGAACCCUGGUCGAUUAAAAGAACAAGGUGUUAAAGUUGUCGCUUGUGAUCAAAGACCAAACGAAUUUGUCAUCACUUGGCCCAAAGCUUAUCAUUGUGGUUUCAACCAUGGUAUAAACUUCAACGAAGCUGUCAAUUUCGCCCUUCCCGAUUGGCUAAAAUUCGGGAAAGAAUGCGUUUUACGAUAUAAACAUCAUAUCAAAGCUCCUGUGUUUUCGCAUAAUGAACUGUUGAUCACUAUUACUUUGUACUCUAAUAGUAUCAAAACUGCUUUGUGGCUUCGAGAUAGCUUAGCUGAGAUGGUUAUCCAAGAAACGGCUAGACGAGAAAAACUUCGUGCCGAGAUGCCGAUGAUCAACGAGGUACUAGUCGAGGAAGAUUGCCCCGAGGACCAAUACCAAUGUUUCGUCUGUAAAGGGUUUUGUUACCUAUCUCAAGUGACGUGUGGAUGUACGAAACACGUUACCUGUGUUGACCACGCUCAAUCCAUCUGUGGAUGUCCAUCUUCCAAACGAACUUUACGGAAAAGAUAUUCUGAAUUGCAAUUGGAAGAAAUUUUAGGAGAAAUCGAAGCUAGGGCGAGAAUACCGGAAUCAUGGAGAGAAAGAUUGUUACAUCUUAUGUCAAACCCUCGUCCUCAACUUAAAUCGAUGCGAGCCUUACUUUCCGAUGGAGAAAAGAUCGAUCAUUUUAUUCCUGAAGUCCACGAUCUCCGGGCUUUGGUCGUACGAGCCAAUGAAUGGAUCGAGAAAGUCGCUUUAUUGUCAACGCGUAAAAGUACAGGCAGACAAAAGAAAGGAAGACAAACCGGAAGUACCGAGGAAGAUUCAAGUCGGAAUCCUGAAAUCGUUCGAACCUUAUUGAAAGAAGUUCAAAGAUUAGCAUUCGAUGCACCGGAGAUAUUACAUCUUCGUCAGAUGAUUAAAGCCAUUGAUGAUUUUCAAUCUCCCGCCAAAGUGAUUCUAUCCACACCUUUUGAAGAAUUGGAAUUGGAAGAAUGUCGUAGAGUUCUCAUCCUUGGUCGAGGACUUAAUAUCGAGUUACCUGAACUUCCUCUUAUCGCGUCUAUCGUCAAACGUCUCGAAUGGUUCAAGAAAGUCGGGUUUGAAGUGGAUGAUCGAACUAUGCAAUAUAACGACGUGAUCAAUUUAUUAGACGAAGCGGAACAAUGUGGUAUACCUUCAAACAACACUUUUGUACUCGAAUUGAAACAAAGAGAAGAAAAAGGUAAAAAGUGGAUGGAACAAGUACAAAAUGUACUAAAAUCUCCUAGGAUUACAUUUGAACAAUUGGACGAACUGAUAGAAGGUCAAGAACUUAUCCCAACGAAUAUAGAACAAAUGAGGGUGUUAGAAACUAUACGAAAAACUGCUUUAGGAUGGCAAAAUAACGCAAAACAAUUCUUAUCAGAUCCUUCAACAGCAACAAUAACAGCUAUUACAAGAUUAUGUCGUUCUGUUAGAGGAUCACAAGGACCAGUCAGUAAAAUCGACAUUCCGGAAAUCCUAGAACUUCAAUCAGAAUUAGAUUUUCAUUCACAAUGGCACCAAAGACUUUCAGAAGUAAUGAACGUUUCUCAAACGAAAGUAAAUUCAGGUUUAGAUAAUUUAUUAUCUUCAUUUCGUCAACAUAUAUCACCAGAAGACGAUCUACCAAAUGAUGAACAUUAUUGUUUUUGUCGUGAACCAAGUUUAGAAGUAAUGGUAAAUUGUCAAAUUUGUCAAGGAAGAUAUCAUCCUAAAUGUGUGAAAAUACAACCUAGACAUCUUUCGAAUCCUUUCAUUUGUCCAAUUUGUCUACCAACAACAUCAUCAUCAUUUGAAACAGGAAAAGAAAUAAGACCUUCAUUACAUCAAAUAGCUUGUUUAGCAGAUGGAAUGAGUCAUUGGAACUUUUUGAUUCAACCUCCUGUAUUAUCGUUAUUACAAACAGCAAUAGAAAUGGCUAUUCGUUAUGCUAGGAUUUUAGUUCCUUUAAUUGAUCCUUUGGACGAAUCUAAAUACAUCACAAACCCCGAAAUUUUAGCUCAUCAUGCUAGGAAAAUGUAUUGGUUACCAGUAGCUUUUGACGCUGUCAAUGGUACGAAGAGAAUCGUCUUGGAACAAAUCGUUUCGAAAAGGUUGAUGGAUGCUAGGAAGAAUGAUCCUAAUGUUGGGAUUAAUGGGAGGAAAGUUAGACCUAGAAGACCUAAAUUGAUUUUGAAAGAGGUUGACGAAAAGGUUUUUGGAUGUAUUUGUGGCAAGAAACAAGGGGAAGGAGUGGGAGAAGGGGGUUUGGUGGAAUGUCAUAAAUGUGGACAAGGAUAUCAUUCGGGUUGUGUUUGGGUAGAAGAAAUGAUGAUUGAAGGUAAAAAUUGGAGGUGUCCUUGUUGUAGUGUUAAAGAAGGGAAGAGUUAUCAAAAAGGUGUAGAAGUUAGGGUACAGAUGACCGCACACAAAGGUACCGACCUUUAUGUCGAUUAUCGCAAAACAAUCACCCGUUUCUCCACUUUACCCAUCACACAACAUCUCGAUCUUCCUGGACCAGAAGACAAAGUGAUCAUCUUAGAAUGUACAGAGUUUAUACCUCCUGUCAUCCCUGAAGGUUACGUACCAAGUCAUCAGAACGAUGAUGAUGUUGAAGAUUUACCAAUGGCGAAAAGAAGGAAAUUAAAAGGAGUCAAUGGGAAUUCUAAUAUGAAAGUUGGGACAAUGUCUAAUACGAAUGGAAAUGAAAAUUCGGUACCUACUCCUCCAUUAACGAAUCAAUCUUCUUUUCCUACUCAACCUACACUUCCAUCUGAACUUGAUAAUUCUACAUCAUGUCUGUCUAUUCCUGUUCAUUCCGUUGAUUCUACUCAGUCUUCACUUCCCCAUACCGACUCUACCCAUCCACCGCCACCUCCUCCUCCUUCAUCGCAAUCAGUAAACCAUAUCACCGUUAAUCCAGUUAGUCCCACUGUACCCACCGUACCAAACGUCAACGCCACUAUCCUCAAUUCUGUCAUAUCACCAACGCUACCUCAGGCUUCAAACAUCAUUCAAGCUAGAUCAGAUUCUUGGCGUCCUUCUACUUCAACUUCCCGACCACAUGAUCCCUCACACUUGCCCAUCAAUCCUUCUGUUCGUCAAAAUCCCUUAACAGACUCUCGUCCGUCUUUCAGACCUCACGAACCUCCUCGGACCGUUCAUUCGCCACGUACGACACUUGACGUAGGUGGAUCAGGAACAAAUAUCAGAUCUCAUCCUUGGUUACCUACGGAUAGAAGGUUGAACUUGACCAACAGUCCUAUUUCUCCUUCGAGAAGUACAGCCACCACGACAAGUUUAGGAGUUGUGACUCCUAGAGCGGUUUCGAGUUGGCAUCCUCAAGUUGAGAAAGAGUCUAGGUUAGGUUCGGCUUUGAAUGGAGGAACGAAGGAUGGGGUAGUGGAGCAGGGAAAGGUUAUUGAUAAGGUUUCAGCUGCAGAUUUGGGCAAGAAGGAGGAGGUGGUGGAGCAGGGAAACGCUACUGGUACUGUACUAAGUGCAGUCUCCGGGAAGCAGGUCGGGAUUGAAGGGAAUACUAAGGUAGAGGAACUUGGAGUUGUGGAUGAAGGGUCAAGAAAUAAGGAUGAGAAUGGUGAGCAAGGGAAGAUAUUUGACAAUGGGGUUGUUGUGGGGUCGAAGAACAGUGGGACUGUCGAACCGGAAAAGAUUCCUGAGCUUACGACAAUUAAUCUGGGGAUCGGCAACAAAGAUGGAGCUAUCGAGCAAGACAGGGUCCCCGAGUCUAGGGGGGUGGAUGCGGGAUUGAGUAAAGAGAACCAGAACCGCACUAUCGAGCAGAUGAAGAGUUCUGAGCAAAAGGUCAUAGAUCCGGGGUCGACACAAGAGGAUGGAAAAGUGGCCGGUGGGCUAAGGGAGGGAGAGGAUGUGAUCAUGGACGAUCUGAGUGUAAAGUCCUCCGGUGAGACUCACGGGGACACACGGCAAGGUGGUGUGGUGUUGGAAUCUACAGGUGUUGGGGUGACAGGGGAAGGUGGGACAGACAUGGAGAUGCACCAAGGUGUUUUGGGGUUGGGUAAUAAGGAAGGUGUUCCGGUCAUAGGGCAAGGCGAGAAUCAUAUGAUGAUAGAAUAA